CCUCUCUGGCAUCAAUGCAUGGUGACUUUGUCUCUCGUCUUUCUUUUCCGGCCUUUCCAACAAAUGUUUGUUGUUGCGCGUCUUGUAGGAACGCUAAAUGUUUCCGCUGACAGCUUUGAUUUUCAACUCCACUAAAUUCAGCGUUGAUUUAACCGCCGGAAGUCAAAAGAGUGUUGAACAGCGCGACAUGACACAGGAGACUUUGGUUGGUGUUUCAUUUCCAGGUUUGGAGGAGCUGGAAAAUAAAGUUGGCCGGAAAACACCGGAAAGUCUUCUGCUUUGGAUGAGGGAUGCGGCGGACUCGCGCGACGGGGGGUCAGAGGACCAAAACUCUGAUUUCAACCAUUGUUUUGUCGACAACCUGAAACAAGAGAUGAGGCGGAUGCGCUGCGCAGAUGUGAGGAUUCUACGCCAGCUGGUCGCCGUGCACGAGGGUAUCGAGUCCACGCGCUGGUUCGCGUCGGAGCCGAGCACCUCGGCCGGCGGUCGUGACGUCAGCCGGACAGGAAGUCGAAGCAGCCUGGUGACGGCAGAGGAGCACGAGCGCUCACUCUCUCCAUGCAGGGACAUUCCAAGAUUAACGUCCCCCGAGGAUUUGCCGAAAAUCUCCAGUCAAAGGAGCAGUGUUGAAACUUCAAGCCGAGAGUCGCAAACUCAGGACCUCGAAGCGGGUGCUGAUCCAAUCGAAGAGGUUCGGCUCGGAGCGAACAGCUUCGAGGCGAAACGACAAAACACGGAAGAGGACGAGGAGAUGGCUGCGCUUUUGUUCGAUUAUGACGCUCACUGGUGCUGGAUCGAGUCACGCGAUGAUGUCACAUUUUUAUGAUCUGCACUUCCAUGUAAAGCUAUUUUUCCCUACCUGAAAUGAAUGAAAAGGAAUAUAAGAGUCGUUUUCAUAUCAUUUGCUAAAUAAUAAUGGACGGCUGGAUGGUUUUCUAUACAUAAAUGUCUCCCGUGGUGAAAAAGACACAAAGUCUCAAUUGCAAAAAGUUACUGGUGAUUUGAAAUGGUAGGUAUUCAAAGUAAAGGCAAUUGUUACUGGUAAAUGGUGGUUGCCCAUUGAAAUACACUUCUUGCAUAACGCUAAAGGAAAAAGUGCAGAACGAUUAAGAAAUAAUUGACGUGUUUCCCUUCAAACUCCGCGAGUACAAGUGCAUAAAUAAUGCCAACAACUCAUUAAAGCCAUUACAGUCUUGAUAUAAUCAUAAUAUUGCUAAAGACGUGCAAUAGUGGCGACCCUUUGGCAAAUUCAUACGUAGCUCAGAAAUCUAUUUUGGUCUCUGCCUCAUCCUGGCACUUCAGCUCGCAGAUCCCUCUGAUGUAUUGCGACACCGUUACGAGGCGUUAACGCUAAAGACAAUCAAUAUUUCAAAAAUGGCCUUGCCUGUCUUUUAGCGGCAUGAGAUUGCUCCGGUCUUUGUAUUGGACAUUCAGUUGUGCAGAUGGCAGUUUGAGUCCUGUAAUAGUUGAACAAACCCAAGAAGCGAUACCGUCUUUCAAGUUUGAUUGGCGCUUGAGUAUUUGGACUCUCAGACAAAUGCAUUUCAUACAGUAUGGUCUGAAUGUGGUUUAUAUACCAUAUACCACACAUAUAUAUAUAUAUAGGGGCUGUGGUUUUGGGGGUUAAUUUGAAUGCUUUCUGUGCUCUGUCAAACAUAACAUGAAAUAAAGGGUUAACACCGAGUCAUGCAUCA